GCCACACGUGCUCCAUGUUUUUAAAGGCAGCCAACACUCCCCCUUCAUGACAAUUGAACCAAAGAUACAGGCCUGAGCACAUCUUCUUUCAAGACUCAAAGAAAAGAAACUGUCUGCCUCUUCAUGAUGGUGCACGAGAGCGGCAACGAGAACUCUGUUGUUGAGACCAAGAAGUCACACAAGUGCGGCCUGUCCUGCCUCGGCCCUCUGACCUUCCACCCUCAGGCUAUGGGAGAAAAGGUCCGCCUAAGCCGCGGGUGUCGACUGGCAGAGAGGAUGGACAACACGUUCAAGAACGGCCUGGUGUUCAGCAGUCGCUCGGUGAAGCUCCAGGAGAAGAUUCGUCUGAGGGUGGAGAAAGAUUCGUUCAACUGGCACGGAGUUAUGCGCAUUGGCUUCACCAACGUGCCGCCUGAGGCCAGAUCUCUGCCCCUGCCCCUCAUGGCCAUCCCAAACCUCACUGACACCCGAGGGCACUGGGCCUUUCCUUUGCCUGAUUCCUAUUGCCAAGUAGGGUCAGAGCUGGAAUUCUGGGUCUCUACUAAAGGCGACAUAUGCAUCUCAAGCAAGCACACCAAGGAGCGCAAGCUGCUAACAGGAGUGGAUGUCAGCCAGCCGCUGUGGGCCAUCGUAGACGUCUACGGACAGACAUGUUCCAUUUCCCUCCUGGGCUCAGAGAAAAGGCAGUGUCUUCGCACCAGACGGUCCUGUCCUGCACCUGAAUGCAUCACCUCCUCUGACAACUGCAACAAUUCGACUCCUGAUUUCUCAAUCCUUGAUGGAAACAGCGAUGAAUGCAUCUCCUGUCUUGACAUGAACGUCUCAGCAGGUGUAAAGGUGUGUGUGGUGUGCAUGGACAAACAGGCCAGAGUCACUCUGCCGUGUGGCCACCGGUGUUUAUGCAAUCUGUGCGCUGGCAGAGUCUUGCAGCAGUUUGGCAAUUGCCCGCUGUGCAGACACAACAUCAGAGCUCCUUCAGUGGUGGGGAGGCGUGUCUCUGUUGGGCUGCUCUGAGCUCCAGGAAUCACAAACAUUAACCAACUGAGUGACUGUACAAAAGAAACACUUGAGUAGGUGUUACACUGAGUAGCACCUGCUUAAUGUGUCCUGGUAGCUCAGCCAGGAAACCUUUGUAAAUGUUGUACAGCAUGUGUAAGAUAAGAUUUAUAUAUUUUCUGUAUAUCAAUCUAUUUUCUGAUUGUGUAAAAUAAUGUGGGAAACUUUACUGCUCGAAAAACUGCACUUUUAUUAUGAUUGUUAAAUAAGGCAAGUGAUGAAACCUUUUGGUGAAGAGAAUCUUUGACAAUUACUUUUUAAUGUAUACAUGUAAAUCUUGAAAUAUGAAGUAAUUUAUUAAAUUAUAUAUUUAUAUAUUAUUUGAUUGUCAAAACGAGUCAAUAAAAUGUGUUAAAUAUCAA